AGCUCGAUGGAAAGUUUGUAAGUUGCUCCUGGACAGUUAUUUAACUAGAGUUUUGUCAAUGGGGACAUGAAUAACUACAAAAUAAAAACAAGACCAAAAGUUAAAAAAUUCAUAAGUUCUAAAAAAUAUAUAAAUCUAAUUUUAACCGGAAAUUAAAGUUGUAUCAGUUUCGGCAUAUUUUUUCUAUCAAAAGACUAUAAAACUAAUUCAAAAAAUUUUAUCUUUGAAUGGCUAGGCUACAGACAAAAAACAACCACAUGCCACGGUGAAUCUUUAAAAACAGAUUAAUUGAUUAAUUGUUAAUAACACUAAGAUAAUAAAUUAAUUAAAUUACAAAUUGAUAAACACUUUUUAUAUCACAACCAAAUUCUAUUAGUUUUGGCAAAAAUAGCCAAAAUGAAUUGGAAGUGAUAAGAAAAACUGAGAUAUGAUAACUUCUAUAUCACUGAGCUUUUUGUAAGAUUAGGAUCAUCCAACUAAGUUGCUAUAAAAGCAAGUUCGGACAUUUUAAGUUAGCAACUGUUCAUCAUCAUGUCAGUCCGAUUGUGUGUGAUAUUAUUUGCUGUCCUUAUUGGAUUAACGAGUGCUGCAAGGUUACCAAAACCAAAAGCAGACAAAAAAGGUGAAUGUGUGGAUAAUACAUUAUACGCAAAAUAUAUUUGCCAAAACCGAAAGGAUGGAGAAAUGUUUCUAGUUCCUGGAACGUGCUCACAAUACUACGAAUGCUUGAAUGGUGAAAGCAACGUUAAGACCUGUCCGAAAUUCUAUGACCCCGCAUCACAAAAGUGUGUAUCAGAAUUAAAUUGUGUUAAGGUAGACAAUACAGACUGUGUUAUACCUACACCACCACCAUGCGCUGGAAAUGAAACACCAUCAACUCCACCAACUGAGCCUCCAACUCAACCACCAACUCAACCACCAUCCGGAAAUUGUUCUGGAGGGCCUGGACCAUGCAACAGUUACUGGAACCCUGAUGAUUUAUACGGCUCAUACGUUUGCCGAAAUAAGGACGACGGAACUGUGUUAAUUGUUCCAAAUAACUGCAGUGAAUACUUUUUCUGUAUUGGUGGAUGGACUUACCUCAAGAAUUGUGGAAGUGACAUGUAUUUCAAUCCAGAUGUUCAAGCAUGUGAUGUCAAGGAGCAUGUGGUUUGUCCAUCAGCACCAACAAAACCACCAACAGAACCCCCAACUAAGCCACCAACUAACCCACCAACAAAACCACCAACUGAGCCUCCAACGAAACCACCAACUGAACCACCAACAAAACCUCCAACUAAACCACCAACCGAGCCCCCGACUCAACCACCAACUAAACCACCAACGCAACCUCCAACUCAGCCACCAACUCAGCCACCAACUCAACCACCAACUCAACCACCAACUAAACCACCAACGCAACCUCCAACUCAGCCACCAACUCAGCCACCAACUCAACCACCAACUCAGCCACCAACUCAACCACCAACUGAGCCUCCAACCAAACCACCAACAAAACCACCAACUGAGCCUCCAACUAAACCACCAACUCAACCUCCAACGCAACCACCAACUCAACCACCAACGAAACCACCAUCCGGAAAUUGUUCUGGAGGGCCUGGACCAUGCAACAGUUACUGGAACCCUGAUGAUUUAUACGGCUCAUACGUUUGCCGAAAUAAGGACAACGGAACUGUGUUAAUCGUUCCAAAUAACUGCAGUGAAUACUUUUUCUGUAUUGGUGGAUGGACUUACCUCAAGGAUUGUGGAAGUGACAUGUAUUUCAAUCCAAUAGCUGGAGCAUGCGAUGUCAAGGAGCAUGUGAUUUGUCCAUCAGCACCAACAAAACCACCAACAGAACCCCCAACUAAGCCACCAACUAAGCCACCAACUAAACCACCAACUCAGCCUCCAACUCAGCCACCAACUCAACCACCAACUCAACCACCAACUAAACCUCCAACUCAGCCACCAACUCAGCCACCAACUCAACCACCAACUCAGCCACCAACUCAACCACCAACUGAGCCUCCAACCAAACCACCAACAAAACCACCAACUGAGCCUCCAACUAAACCACCAACUCAACCUCCAACGCAACCACCAACUCAACCACCAACGAAACCACCAUCCGGAAAUUGUGGCCCUGGACCUGCACCAUGCAACAGUUAUUGGAACCCUGAUGAUUUGUAUGGAUCAUACGUUUGCCGAGACAAGAAAACCGGAACUAAGUUAAUAGUUCUAAAUAACUGCAGCGAAUACUAUUACUGUAUUGAUGGAUGGACUUACCUCAAGACAUGUGGUGACAUGUAUUUCAAUCCAAUAGCUGGAGCAUGCGAUGUUAAAGAAAAUUCGUUGUGUCCUACAGCAUAAAAUGAACACAUUUAAUGAACAUUUUUAUUAUGUUUUUCUUUUUCAUUUCCAUCGAAAAAAUUAAAUAAACAUAAGUCUA